AUGCUUAAUAUACGGAGCAGCCACAUCCCGCCUCUGACAGUCAAGCUGUCCAUUGAGCUACGCUCAGAUGGCCCAGCGUUUGGUGCCAAAGCUAUCGACAGACGUCUUGGCCUUAUCAACUCCCGCGCUCUAUCACUACACGACCUGACUCUUCACCACACCGCACAGUUUCAUCGCCUCCAGACUACGAUCAUUACUGCUAUGUCUGAUACUUGCUCCAGGAUUUGCCGCCCAUACCGCUCAUGGAAGUUCUGGAGGAACCACAACAUGUCCACAUUCCUAUCGCCUGACGUGCAUAACGCCCACCAAGACCAGGCCGUGUUGGAUCAUCUCCACAAGACCGUCCGCGACGCUGCACGGAUCUACCACGACAAUGUCGCCUCCAGUCUCGUUUCCGGUAUUCACCCUCUCAACGAUUCACUCGGCAAUGCAAUCUUCGAAGCGUACGAAGCUUGGACAAAACCACUGCCGUCGGAAGUGUGCCACGAGAUCUUUGCAGCAUCCUGUGAUGCUACCGACUACUACAAAGAGAAACCUCAGAUAACUUGGAUGAAUCAGUUAUUUGUAGCUCUGAAGGGAGAGCAAGACGCACUGAGCAUGUCGAAGCACGAUCUAGAUCAUUACUUGGCGGCGGUCGACCCCCAGGCAUGGACCACCACACUUCCGGCGCACACCAAAGAUAUGGAUGUAGAGGACAAGAAGCAAUGGAUAUGGAAGGUCGGCAAGCAAGUUCGUCAAGGCGUCAGUAUCGGGUCUGCAGACAUGAAGCCCCACUUCGAUGAUGCCAACGACGUUCUGCCAUGA